AUGUCUUACCGUGACAACGACAACUCCAACACCUACGGUGGUAGCGACAGCUACGGAUCCAACCGUGGAGACAACGACAGCUAUGGGUCUUCCGGCCGAACUGGCCGCAACGAGUCCGGAGGCGACAGCUACGGCUCCUCUCGCCAGGAUGAGGACUCUUAUGGCUCUUCCGGCCGCACCGGCGGAAACAAUUCUAGCUCAUACAACACAUCCAGCACCACCAGCGGCGGUACCUAUGGAUCUUCUCGCCGGGAUGAUGACGAUGACAAUUCAUACGGCUCCUCCGGCCGCACCGGCGGAAACAACAACAGCUCAUACAACUCAUCCAGCAACGUCAGCGGAGGCAACACAUAUGGCUCCUCGCGCAAAGACGACGACGAUGACAACUCAUACGGCUCCUCUCGCAAGGAUGAUAACACCUAUGGUUCUUCCGGCCGUACUGGCGGAAGCAACACCUACGGUUCAUCCCGCAAGGAUGAUGACGACGAUAACUCAUAUGGCUCCUCUCGCAAGGACGAGAGCUCAUACGGCUCUUCUGGCCGCACUGGAGGAAGCAACACCUAUGGCUCCUCGCGCAAAGACGACGAUGAUGACAACUCAUAUGGCUCAUCCCGCAAGGAUGAGAGCACAUAUGGCUCGUCCGGAAGCAACACAUACGGUUCAUCCCGCAAAGAUGAGAACGAUGACAACACCUACGGCUCAGGUAACAAGAGCUCCUACGGGUCCAGCAAGAAAGACGAUGACGAUAACACCUACGGUUCGGGCAACAAGAGCUCUUACGGGUCCAGCAAGAAAGACGACGAUGACAACACAUACGGUUCAGGUAACAAGAGCUCCUACGGGUCCAGCAAGAAAGACGAUGACGACAACACCUACGGCUCGGGCAACAAGAGCUCUUAUGGGUCCAGCAAGAAAGACGACGAUGAUAACACAUACGGUUCAGGUAACAAGAGCUCCUACGGGUCCAGCAAGAAAGACGAUGACGACAACACCUACGGCUCGGGCAACAAGAGCUCUUAUGGGUCCAGCAAGAAAGACGACGAUGAUAACACAUACGGAUCCAGCGGAAACACCUAUGGUUCAUCCACUGGGGGCUAUGGCUCGUCUAACCGCCGUGAUGACGACGAUGACAAUAGCAACAAUAAGGGCAGCACCUUCGGCAAGGUCUUGGAGGCGGCCGGUGACAUUCUGAGCAAGACCAGCCUCGACGACCGCAAGAACCGGGACUAG